UGGGUGAUCAAGUGUGUGUUUUUUUUAGACUGAAAUGGGAAGAGCACCUUGCUGUGAGAAAGUGGGGUUGAAAAGGGGGAGAUGGACUGCAGAAGAAGAUGAGAUCUUGACCAAGUACAUUCAAGCUAAUGGGGAAGGUUCUUGGAGGUCUAUGCCCAAGAAUGCUGGGUUACUUAGGUGUGGGAAAAGCUGCAGACUGAGAUGGAUUAACUACUUGAGAUCUGACUUGAAGAGAGGCAACAUAUCUUCUGAAGAAGAAGAAAUCAUCACUAAAUUGCACUCUACUUUGGGCAAUAGGUUAGUGCAGCAUUCCCUCAUUAUCUUUCCAACAAAAAUUCUGUAGACAUAAUCUAUGAUGUGAAUUUUGAAAUUUUUUUAUUGAAAUUUGAGAUUAGAUAUUAUAGAAGUGAUGACUGUAAAUAUAUUAGAGACCUUAAAUAAUUUAUUAAAAAUCUUGCCAAAUAUAUAUAUGAUUGUGAAUUUUACAUGAGUAAAUAUGAUUAUGAUUAUGAGUUUUACAUGGGUGUGGACUCACAGAGUGGUUAAUGAACUUUUUUUUAUAAUAUUUUGUGUAUCCUAGCGUUGCUCCAAAAUUAUCUAUGCAGGAUUCCCCCAAUAUUUUUAUGACCGAAUCUUAACCGUAUGAUUUUGCCUCAAUAUUUUUAUGUUUUAAAACUGGCGUUACGCUAUAUUAUUGAAAUUACAUUAAUAACAGGUACACGAAUUUUAAG